AAUUAUGUUUUUUCGUGUUGCACAUUCAGCACCAACAUUAUAAUGAGUAAAUAUAUCAUAUUUAUUCAUUACUAACGUAUUGCCAGGAAGCUUGUGAAGCUUGUGGUAAUUAGCCGGACCGCAUAUUGGUACGUUGGACCAAAUAGUUACAAUAAAUAUUAUAAUUUCAGGAGGAUGGGUUGCAUAAAUUUAUGGGUUGGGAAACGCUAAAUAAAUUAUUUAUUGGCAUAGUGAAGGUGUUGGUGGAGACAAGAAACAAGAAGAGCCACAUUCCAGGUGCAAGAGAAAAUGUCUUCCACAUGGUACAUCGGAGGCUCCUCACAUGGGUGUACCAGCCUCCUCACAUGGGUGUACCAGCCUCCUCACAUGGGUGUACCAGCCUCCUCACAUGGGUGUACCAGCCUCCUCACAUGGGUGUACCAGCCUCCACACAUGGGGGUGUACCAGCCUCCUCACAUGGGUGUACCAGCCUCCUCACAUGGGUGUACCAGCAUGCUCCAUACUAAUACUGUACCCUCUUCAAGAUGCCUACUAAGUUACAUAGUCUAUUUGUGUGCUCACUUCUUAAUGAACACACAACUUAAAAAUGUCCUUAGUUGUAGAAAUGAAUAUGCAGUAUGGAGGAUAAUGUGAGUUAUGUCUUUCUCCUGGUCAUGUGCUUGCACUCUAAUGAAAUGUUGUAGGGUUUGUACUGGAAAAUGUAACGGGGUGUUCUGGUGUGUGGACUCACCAUUACAUUGUAAUGAGUCCUGGUCUGUAGACACUCCAUUACACUUUAUUGAGGAGUCGUGGUCUGUGGACACUGUUAUAGUGGACAUUUUCAAGAGGAAACUAGAUUUAUUCCUUCAAGGAGUGCCGGACCAACCGGGCUGCGGUGGGUAUGUGGCCCUGCGGGCCACUCCAAGCAACAGCCUGGUGGACCAAACUCUCACAAGUCAAGCCUGGCCUCAGGCCGGGCUUGGGGAGUAGAAGAACUCCCAGAACCCCAUCAACCAGGUAUCAACCAGGUACUGUAUUUGGGAGUUCAGAUUCCAGUCCGCUACAUACUGUAUUGUCUUCUUGUUGGUUGUAGUGAUCAAUGUCCCUGCAGCCCAGUCCCUGACCAGGCCUCCUGAGAGGUGAUCUGGGCAACUAGGCUGUGGGACACAGCUUCUCUCACCCUAACGUUUUAAUUUCAUCCUCGUUAAUCAUUUAUCCUUUGGGAGUAUUUAUCAAGGGAUCUCUUUAACACCAUGAGAGGUCGGUUAGUUAUGCCCCUUAUGUGUAGAGGGAGUGUUGAAAAGUCUUGAGGGGCCCUUGAUGAUGCUAGAAUUCUCUCUCAGCAUACGUAUUGUACCUUUGCUUUUCAACAGGGCUAUUUUGCACUUCCUGCCAUGCCUCCUGGGGAGUCUUCACCAGGGGAAGUCUUCCCCAUUAUCAACCCCUGGAGUUUAUCCUUUGCCUGCAGCUUGCUUUUAAUCAAUUUACAGAAACUUCCUGGUUCUGUUCUACAUUUACCUUACCUUUUACCUGAGGGCCACUAACACUAGUGGCCUCGACGAAGAUAGGAAGCCGGCGGCUUGACGAUGGUCCCAUCCCCCCCCUCCCCAUUUGCCUUGAUUUUUUCCAGGUAGAUUUUCACACCUAACAGUUUUGGCAUAUACGGUUUCGGCAGAUAGGCGAUUCCAUGGGUUUAUGACCCCUAUAAGUGAAAAAGCAUCUCCUGUUCUCAGUCCUACUUUGGGGUUUGUUGAGAAGACACUGUCAGGAUCAACAUCCUCCAACUUGUUCAGUAUUUUAACUGUUCCAGUGAGAUCCACCCUGUCAUGCCUGGUUUGCAAUGUUGUUAAGGCUAUGGCUCUCAACCGUUCCUGAUACGAGAGAUGACUUAUCUCUGGAAUGACUUUUGUUGCCCAGUGUUACACUUUCUCCAAAACUUGUCUAUCGUUUUCUCAAGAGUUUCCUUCUACCUCUCUCCUCACUGCCAUAUAGUUGUUCUCUUACUCUCUUGCAACUUCUGUUGAACCAAUCCUAUUUUCUAGUUCUGAAUCUGUUUUGGUAUCAUUUUUGUGCAUUCAUCACAUAUCUCACAAAAUUUAGCAUACGUGUAAUUUACUUCCUUACUUGUAUGUAAUUUUGCAAUCAGGUAAGUCACUUGAAAACUUGCUUUCACCAUAUUCUUUUGAUUAAAUAUUGCUUUGGAAUCCUUGUUGGUAAAUCGGUGCUGCUUUAUAAUGCUUUCUGAACUUUGACAGUACAGUAUGAUGGAGGCUUAGUCAGCAAUGUUGGAUGUUUCCGCUCCGGAUGGUCUCGAUGCUCACUCUUUUUCAAUGACUUAUUUAUCCCUGCAAAAAACACAAUUUAAAGAUCACUAUUGUUACUUGUUACAAGGUCGUUACAUCUUUUCAUAAAGUUUUUAUGACGUAUUAGAAAGUUGUUACACCUUGUUAAAUAAUUGUUACAGCCUGCUAGGUGUUACAACUUGCUCAAAUGUUAUAGCAUCGUCAUAGGUUGGUCGUGUGUUUGGCGAGGUAGCACGGCAGAAUAUACAACACAUGUGGUUUGGUCGUGGGUUUGGCGAGGUAGCACGGCAGAAUAUACAACACAUGUGGUUUGGUGGUGUGUUUGGCAAGGUAGCACGGCAGAGCACAUAACGUUGUUUGGUCGUGUGUUUGGCGGGAUAGCAUAUGGUAUAAGUUUACUACAAUGAAUAACUGGUUCACGAACAGUGAUAUGACUCUAAAACAGAGAACACAUUGAGAGUUUCUGUAUAAUAAGGUGUACGUAUAAAUAUGAAUCAGUUGUCACAAAAAAUGUGAGUGGCAUACAGCCAGCGUGGUACCUCUCCGUCACAGCUAGCAACACACUGCACCAUUUACGUCCUGUUUCCAUAACACACCAGCCCAUCCUCUUAAGGUUCCCAACGUCAAGAAACUGUCGUACUAAAGUGCCGCUAUUCUAACCUGCCAGAGGACCCAAAACAGAAAACAGGACAGCAUGUCAAUUUCGCAAGCCGCUACCAUUUUCUAGUGCGACAAUUUUUGGCUUUAGUUGGUGAUGCAGAGGUUGUGAUGGCGACCCGGGACUGGUCGGACUCCGAGUCAGUGGCCAGCAGCGUUGCGGCCGCGUCUGAAGUGUCCACGGUGCCUGACAAGUUUGGCUUCUUAGGAGGUGCACAGUACUCGGAGGACUGGUAUGUGCCAAACUCUCCAGUCACACACUCACUCUUCUGGUAUCAAAAUCUUUUCAAUAGUGAGGAGACUGUACCGGUCGAUGUGAUCAGACGACGCGAGAAAAAAUGGCUGGAGAUGUUCAGCAACUGGGACUCUCACAUGCUCAAGAAGUACAAGAAGGUCCGUGACCGCUGUCGUAAGGGCAUUCCAUCAGCACUGCGCGCACGAGGAUGGCAGCACCUGUGUGGUGCUCACAAACAAUUAGAAAGAAACCCCGGAGCGUUUGACCAGCUUGCUGAGGCUCCUGCUGAUCCCCGACUUGAAGAUGACAUCAGAAAAGAUCUUCACCGGCAGUUUCCCCUUCAUGAAAUGUUCCUUCAGAAAGGAGGUCAUGGGCAAGAAGAUUUGUUCCGUGUGCUGAAGGUGCAUGCGCAGGUGUCACCUGAUGAGUACUGCCAGGCUCAUGCUCCUCUUGCCGCUGUUCUUCUCAUGCAGAUGCCUGCCGAACCUGCAUUUUGGUGCUUAAAAUCGAUCUGCGAUAAAUACGUUCCCGGCUACUAUGCAAGAGGACUGGAAGCAAUUCAAGUUGAUGGAGACAUCUUGUACAAACUCUUGAAGAAAGUAUCACCUUCAGCUUAUAAACAUCUA